AGAUGUCCUGAUUUCAAAUUUUCCACUGAAGGCCGGUGUCCAGGACGAGUGAUGGAUUACGUGGCACAGUCGAUGUCUCCGAUAUAGGCCUCGCUCGGUACCAAAAUCAAGUUACAGAGCCAUUCAGUCGUCCUCUCAACGGAACAAUCGGCACGUAUUCCAUAUUUAACUCAUUAUUGCAUAUCAAGUCGCUUGCGUCAUUGCGUCCCGUAGAUUAUAAAACUGUCCUUAUGGGACCUGGAAAUUGCCUAAACGCCAGCCAGGUAACAACGUCCACCAAACACAAUCAUGUCUUCUCAUACACUUUCUCUUCUCGAGGCCAAACCUUACUACAGCAGUGAACUUGGCUCCCUCCGAGCAGUGACUGCCGAGCAGCUUCCCAUUCUCAAAAACCUUUCUAUCAAAAGAGUGGUCCUUGCGCCGUCUGCAAUUCGGGAGCCCCACUGGCAUUCAAAUGCAAACGAGCUAGCAUACUGCUUGCGUGGAAAAGUGAUGGUCAGCAUUCUUGACUCGGGUAAUGUAUUCGCAAAUUUUGUCAUUGAAGCGGGUCAAAUGUUCCACAUCGAAUCCGGCUCGUUGCAUCACUUCGAGAACAUUUGCGAUGAAGAGGCGGAGAUCAUUAUCUGUUUCCGUCAUGAAAAGCCCACGGACUUCGCCCUGUCUGCCUCGAUGGGAGCUAUGACAGAUGGUGUCCUGGGCAACACGUACGGCCACCAUUCUUCUGAGUGGGCAAAAAUCAACCGACACACCCACCCGAAGUACAUUGUUCGCCGCAAUAACAAGCCUACAAUUCCAUCCACGGCUUAUCUGCCAGAUCCACAUAAGUUUGAGGUUGAGGAGAUGAAUCCGCCCGUUUCAUCGGAAUUUGGAUCCAACAGAACUGCGCGCAAUCAGUUCUGGCCAGCUCUUCACAAUAUGUCGAUGUACUCACUUCGAAUCGAGGAUACUGGCAUGAGAGAGGCACACUGGCAUCCAGAAACGUCGGAGCUCGGUUAUGUUGCUGAGGGCGAAGCCCGUAUGACCAUCCUGGAUCCAGAUGGAUCCACUGAUACGUAUUACCUGAAGCAAGGCGAUAUGUAUUACGUUCCAACAGCGUACCCUCACCAGAUUGAGGUGAUUGGAUCUGAGAGAAUGCAUUUCUUGAUUUUCUUUGAUCAGCCCUACCCUAAGGAUGUUGGAUACCGGACCUCUGCUACAGCGCUGCCCCGCGAGACGUUAGCGUCUACAUUGGAAGUAGCGGAGAAGGAUCUCCCUAAAUUUCCUCUCACUGUUAAGGAUCCCCUAAUUGUCGAGAAGAAAAAUCCUGUGGAUAAUUUGCGACCGAAGUUGUGAGGCGUUGGUAUUUAAGGUGUUCUUUUUUACAUAUACUAUCGAAGAACAUCCCACGCAUACCGGGAGAAAUUCAUGACGGAUAAAUUGUAGAUAGCUUGAUUGGCAUUGAUUACCAUUUUUUUAAGCGUGACCCCUAAUCAAAUCCAAUAUAAAGCCUUCC